UUAAUAUUGUUAACAGACUGCCUGAUAACGUGUCGUGGGAGGAGGGGGCGAUGGUUGAGCCCUUGGCGGUGGCCGUACACGCCGUCAGACGAGUGAAUCUCACUUUGGGUCAGACAGUGCUCGUGUGUGGGGCCGGCACUAUGGGAAUGAUGUGUUUGGCCGCCGCUAAGGCUUUCGGUGCCGCUCGUGUUGUUAUGACAGAUAUAAAUGAGUUUCGGCUAAAUGUGGCCAAACAGAUGGGCGCCGAUGAGACAAUACAUAUCAAUCUCAAGACUUUCGAUGUGGACUCAUAUGUUGCCAAAAUAAAGGCGGCAUUGGGUGGCGAUGGACAGGGAGCCAACAUUACGUUCGAGUGCACCGGCAAUGAGGGAAGCACUAAGAUAGCUAUAUACUCGACUAAUAAUGGUGGCAAAGUAGCACUGGUAGGCUUGGGACCGCUCGAAGUAAAAGCUCCGUUAGUAAACGCAUCGCUCCGGGAGGUGGACAUCAUAGGAGUGUGUCGUUUCAGGAACUGUUAUCCGAUGGCUAUAUACCUGUUAGAGACGGGAAAAGUAAACCUGAAACCAUUGGUCACUCAUAAGUAUCCAUUGGAGCAGUCGUUGGAUGCGUUCAAAAAGAUGAUAGAAAUGGAUAACAAUGCCAUCAAAGUUCUCAUUCAAUGCAAUAAAGAUUUCAAUUAAAUGGCAUUUGUUAUAACGAU